CCACGGAGAGUUACGGUGAACCGUAACGACGAGCCGCCAGAUUCCCUCCCAGGCCCCGCUUACCGUUGGAUUCUUGAGACGCAGGUAAGUGGGGCCCACUGAUGGCGAAUCCAGCGGGUCAUUGGUCUGCCUCAUCGAGAUGUCGUGCACGCGUCAACACCGGAUGGGACCAACGGGAUUGCGGUCGCGUAUUUGAAGGACUCAAGCGAACCACUCCCCGGCUCCGUGAACGGAACCAUGGAAGCUAAGCGACGAUCGUCAGAUCCAGAAGCGAAGAUGGCGUUAGUUAUCCGAUCCAAAACCCUCAUCUGAAUCGGGAAGGAGGAGGAGGAACAAGGAGAAGAAUCGGAAUCUCAUUCAUAAUGGAAAGCGAGCUCCAGGACCUCAGCUCCAAGCCGCCGACGCCCCCGUUGGAGACGGAGCCUCAGCCCCCGUCGUCCGCCGCGGCCGACGACGCGGCGUCGGCCAAGGACGAUCGGCCCCUCCUGAAGCCGGACGAGCCCGCGGGGAUCACUCCCUCGGAGCUCCGGGAGCUGGAGAAGAAGUUCGCGGCGUACGUGCGGAAGGAUGCGUACGGAAGCAUGGGCCGUGGGGAGCUGCCGCUGAGGGAGAAGGUGCUGCUAGGGAUCGCCAUGCUCACGCUCGUGCCCAUGCGGGUGGUGCUGGCCCUCACCGUCCUGGUGGUGUACUACUUGAUCUGCCGGGUGUGCACGGCGCUGAAGGCCCCGAACAGGGAGGGGGAGGACGAGCAGGAGGACUACGCCCACAUGGGAGGCUGGAGGAGGGCCGUGAUCGUGAUGUCCGGAAGGUUCCUGUCUAGGGUUCUGCUCUUCGUGCUGGGCUUCUACUGGAUUCGCGAAACUCAUCGUUCUGAUAGCCGCGGCGAAGAGAAGUCGUCGGGCACUGAGAACAAUGGCAAUGGACAACCUGAGGAGAAUGAAAGGCCGGGGGCAAUUAUAUCUAACCAUGUAUCUUACAUAGAUAUAUUGUAUCACAUGUCGUCUUCUUUUCCUAGCUUUGUUGCUAAGAGAUCAGUGGCUAAACUUCCUCUAGUUGGUCUCAUCAGUAAAUGCCUCGGUUGUGUUUAUGUUCAGCGGGAGUCAAAAUCAUCAGAUUUCAAGGGAGUUUCAGGUGUUGUGACUGAAAGGGUCCAGGAAGCUCAUCAAAAUAAAGAUGCUCCAAUGAUGAUGCUUUUUCCAGAAGGUACAACCACGAACGGGGACUACUUACUUCCAUUUAAGACUGGGGCAUUUUUGUCGAAGGCUCCUGUUCUACCAGUGAUUUUAAGAUAUCCCUACAAAAGAUUCAGUCCUGCCUGGGAUUCUAUAUCUGGGGUGCGCCAUGUGAUUUUUCUUCUUUGCCAAUUCAUAAAUUACAUAGAAGUGACCCGCUUACCUGUGUACUCCCCUUCACAACAAGAAAAGGAUGAUGCAAAACUCUAUGCUAACAAUGUCAGAAGGUUGAUGGCUUCUGAGGGCAGUUUGAUCUUAUCGGACAUUGGGCUCGCUGAGAAGCGAAUAUAUCAUGCCGCUCUCAAUGGUUUGAUUUCCCCAUGCUAAUCUGUGGAUACGCCUUCUGUAUAUUAAGUUGUGCGAUUCUAUUCUUUUUAAUUAUCAAAACAAAGUAGAAAUAUAUAGCAAAAAUUCGAAAAUGAGCCUCAUCUCGGAUUCCGUUUCUGGAGCUGGAGGGGCAAAUCUUUUUUGAAGUUCAGGAGGUCCUAUCAUUCAGUCUGUUUGAAACACAAUGAAAUUGGAUGGUCCCAAUUCGGGAGUUACACUAGUGACAUUCGUUAAUUAUUUUGUCCCCGAUGAUGUAUGUAUUAGGUACAUCAGUUUCUUCUAUUUGCUGGUAUUUAAUGAUAAAUCAGAUCUUACCCAA